UACAGAUAACCUCCGGCCGAUGAUCUCGAAUAUCUUUGAUUUAUAUUCAUGACGUAUCGUUAUCGUAAUAUUGCCCUUAUCAUUUUACGGUUUCAUAUUUUUGCUUUUUGGUUCCAAAUCAACUAUAAACGUCAUUAUUCAAUAUUCAUUUAAUACAUUACUGUUUAGUAUUUACUAUUUACUAUUCUGUGGUUUUGCUUUUGUUGGUCGUCCGGUUUUUCAAUUGUUAAAAAUUAUAAUUGGCGGUUGCGAUAUGAAUAUAUUUAUAGCAACAGACUGCCGACAGUUGUAGUGUCUGGACGUUCUAAGUUCUCACGGCUUAACUUACGUUAGUUAAAGUUUGACUUACGUUCAAUGUCAAGAAAGUGUAAUAUUUAGAACGCCAACAAUGGGCAUUAUACUCGCGCGAUUUAAAAAAAAAAAAGAUACAAAAGAAAUUUUGGAAUCCUUAGAAGAUGAAAUUAUGUAUAUUGAAAACAUGACCUCAAAUACUUCACCAAUAAAUUAUUAUAAAAUAGUUUUCCAUUCAGCCAUUAUUUAUGGAUUAAUUUAUAUACUUUAUUAUUUUGAUAUAAUUUCUUAUGAGUUAUUUAAAAAUAACUACAUAAUAGCUGGUUUUACAGCCUAUCCAAUCAUAGCUCUUUAUUAUUAUAAAUUUGAUGUUUGGUAUUAUAAUCGAAAAAUAGUAACAUAUAAAAAAAAAUUAAUAGAAUUAAAAUCUGUAAAGAAAAAAAUACUUGAUGAGGUAAUGGAAAAAGAAACAUUUAAAGUUGCGAAAGAAAUCUUAGAAAAAUAUGCUCCUCAUCAACUUCAAUCCAUGACUUCUCAAAACUUUAUUAACCAAAGAGCACUUCCGUCAACAAACAAUAGGCCAUCCUAUACUUCUUCUGGUAGACCAUUAAUUAGGGCAUCGAAUAUGGAUCAUCCACCAGCAAUAAUGUCAUCAGCAGUUAAGCCGAGGUUAGCUCUUCCAAGACCAGUACUGUCAAGGGACCGUACAAUAUUUGAUCGUUUAGCUGAUAAAGUUCUAGGUGAUGGACCUCAAAAUCGAUAUGCUUUAAUAUGUAGAACUUGUGGUUCUCAUAAUGGAAUGGCUCGUAAAGAAGAAUUUGAUUUCCUAGCAUAUAGAUGUGCAUAUUGUUCUCAAUGGAAUCCAUCUCUUAAGCCUAGACCUCAGUUAGCAAUUAGUUAUGUCAAUAAUGUCAAUAAUGCAUUAACACAAAACGGCUGUGUUACAUCUUCUGAAACUAUCGAAGAAAUAACUGAUGAAUUAUCAAAAACUGAUUCAGACACAAAUGAGAGUGAACAUUCUGAACAUAAAGAUUUAAUAAUUAAUGAUUCAGGUCCCACAAUUGAAGAGGUGGUGGAUCCAUCACAUGAUUCAAAUUCUAAAAUUGAAGACGAAGAAGAAUCAAAAGAUAACUCCACAUCAGUAGCUGAAGAAUCAUUGCAACUUCAAUCACAAUAAAAUAAAACCAAUCAUUAUGGGGAAGGAUCAAUGAAAUGGUGUUAAUAAUUAAUUUAAUAUUUGUUGAUGUUUAAAUUUAAUGUUAAACAGAGGUUGCAAUUAACUCCAUAAUAAUGGGAAUAUUUAUUAGAACAUUUUUGUAACUAAUUCUCUUAUAUAACAUUUGUUCACAAUUUAAUAAUGUAUACAGGGUAUUGAAAUAUUGUUUUUUAAUUUUUAUGAUAUAAUCAAUCAUAACUUUAAAUGUUCGUUAAAAACUAAUGUAUUUUAAAAGUGUUUAUUAAUACUUUACUAUUAAGGAAAAUUAUAUGUAUUCUAUGAUAGAA